CAAGGCUUUUCCACGUUCUCGCUUUGAGCAACUCUCGAAUCUUCUCUUCCCUCAGACCCUCACCGAAAAGGGGGCAUCUAUAUCCCGCCCUCUCCUCUCUUGGGCAGGAGAAGUGACACAGUGACAUCGGGAGAAUGUGGUGGGAGUGGGAAGAGUUCAGAGAAGAAGCCGAAGAAGAGCAAGAAGACUCUCCCAUAGAUUUCGAUUUCCUCUCCCUCUUAUCCAAGCCAAAGGAUUACUACAGAAUACUGGAAGUUGAUUAUGAUGCUACUGAAGAAACCAUUAGGUCCAACUUCAUUCGUUUAGCAUUGAAAUGGCAUCCGGAUAAGAAAAAAGGAGAGGAAAGUGCAACUUCAAAAUUCCAAGAGAUAAAUGAGGCAUACAAGGUUCUAAGCGAUCCUGUUAAAAGGCGAGAGUAUGAUAAGAAGGGGGUUCUGUAUACUCAAGAUUGCAAUGUCACUGAUUAUCUGAAUCGAAACAAGGGCUUGAUAUUGACAUGCAAUGGCCUCGGUGUCAGAUAUCCUAUAUGGUAAACUAGCAGCAAGUGGUGGUUUCUUCAAGAAUUUCUGACACCAUAGUCUGUAUUGGAGGAGUUUUCUAAUGUAAUGUGAAAUAUGCAUUCAAAUGAGCUAUUUGAUAAGUUGCAAGAUAGAAGGUGACCUUGUGCAUUUUUCACUCUCCUUUGUAAUUGAUUUUUCUUUGCUGAUGGGUAAUGCCAGAAUCAGCCCCAAUCUUUUUUUCUUUUUUAACAUAUCUGGAGUGCGAUUCGUGUAAAUCUACUUGCGAUGUUUUGUGGUGUCUCUAUUGAUCAUGUAUAUGAAGGCUUGUGCUCGAGAAUCUCCUUGUAGCUGUGUACUCUUAAUCUAUCUAUUGCAUGGGCUGCAUUCUUGCCAUA